AUGUCGUUUCCCACUACACACAGGUGGUCCUUCGAUGACGGCCUCGGAAGAACCUUCGCACGAUUCAACAUUGACCUCUACUAUUGCGGCGGGGGAUGCUCCAUCACCGGAGACUGCGGGGAAAUGGUCGCCAGGCUUUGCGAGGCUUGCCCGGACUCUGACGGAUCCGAGAUGGUGACCUUGCCAAACGUGUACUCGAGCCACAACUACAAGAUCCGCGUGUCGACAUCGUCAAGCAUCCGCCGACACGGGUCUUCGUGCUCACCCAAGUUCGAGAUCAGGGGGAAAGAUCGUCCUUUGUACUCUACGCCUUCUCCCACGGCACUCUACGACAGCAGUGACGUCAGCUUGUACCCACGGCCCCCAGUCACGGCGCCCCCCGUGGAAGACCUGCCUAGCGAGCCGGUGGUCCUUCCCACUAUCUGGCCGGACUGGGGAGAAGAAAACUACGCCCCCGAACAGCCAGGCUGCGACUCGGUUGAUGUGCCCGAAGUCCGUUAUGCCUCUACGACUGCGCGCAUCUACUUGGAGCAAGCCACCAACAGGGGAGGCUGCUUCACGCUGACGGAGAUUUGGGAGAGCGGGUCACGGCCCCUUUACCCACUGGACCCGGCCACGAACGAACGUGAGUCGCACUCUAUCACCGCUGUGCUGUCACCAUUGGCACUGCUGUAUUGUCGGUCUGGGGUGGAUUAUGUGACCGGCGUGUGGUUACUCACGGAAGAACUCUACGUGACUGACGGUGUCAUCCUCCAGGUUCACGGCACCGACAGAGGAGGCGACUGCGACGAGCUCCGUCUGUUGAGUAACGAAACCACUUUCAUCAACCUCAGGGCUCACGGAGGAAGCUUCUCUUUCCUAGGAACAAAGGUGGUGUCCUGGAACGAAGGCAAGCGCACGGUUGACACCAACCACGAGGACGGGCGGUCGUACAUCUCCGCCGUGAGUGAGGUCAUCUACGACCCAAACCAGACCUGCAACGGCACAGCCAAGUCGGAGAUGGGCGAAGCCCGCAUGGACGUGAUCGACAGCGAGAUCGCCUUCCUGGGGUACUACGAGUCUGAGAGCUACGGCCUUACCUGGAAGGUUCGCGGCUUCUGCGUUGACAAGAGCAAUCCCGAUGUUUUCGACUUUGUCAACGUCUACGGCGACAUGAUCAACUCAAACAUACACCACAACUGCAACCAUGGCAUCAUCGCAUCCAAGCGGUGUGACCACGUGAGGAUCAUCGACAACCACGUCAGUUACGGGGUCAACACCGGGUUGUUCUUGCAUCGCAGCUCCGACCACGCCAUCGUCACCGGCAACCACGUUCACGAUAACGGAGAUGCUGGCAUGGCCGUGCUAGAGUCAUUCUACAUGGACGUGAACAACAACGUCUUCACAAAUAACCGCUACGGAAUACGUUUCUCGGUGGGCUCUGGAUAUAACUGGGGCACAUUCCGUAUGUGA